CCGGGUCGGGGCCGGGCCGGGCCGGGCGCGCUGCUGCUCCGCCACUCAGCGCGGGAGGCCGGCGGCAGAAGUUGUGGACCGGCCGGCGCAGGCGAGCAGGCCCGGGGCCGCGCCGCCCGGGCGGCGGGAACUGAGGAGGCGCCGCCAGGUUGCGGAGCCACACACACUCGCCUGGGUCCAUGGCCACGGUUGGGGAGUGGUCCUGUGCGCGCUGCACCUUCCUGAACCCAGCCGGCCAGCGCCAGUGCUCCAUCUGCGAGGCCCCCCGGCACAAGCCUGACCUCGACCACAUCCUCAGGCUCAGCGUGGAGGAGCAGAAAUGGCCCUGCGCCCGCUGCACAUUCCGGAACUUCCUGGGCAAGGAGACUUGUGAGGUGUGUGGCUUUGCUCCAGAGCCCGUGCCUGGCGCCUCCCUGCUGCCUGUCAUCAACGGGGUCCUGGCGGAGCCCAGGGCCAGCUGCAAGGAGGAAGCUGGUACCGUGCGGACAGCGGGGCUGGCGUCCGCAGAGCCGACUCGGGGGCGGCCCCAAGAGGACGCGGACGAGGAGAACGCGGAGCCUGAGCAGGGGGAGGAGGGGCGGGCAGCAGAGCCCGGGAGCGGCUGGGCCUGCCAGCGCUGCACGCUGCACAACACACCUGUGGCCAACUCCUGCUCGGCCUGCGGGGGCCCCCGGAAACUCUCGCUGCCCAGAAUCCCCCCUGAGGCCCUGGUGGUCCCCGAAGUUGUGGCCCCCGCUGGCUUCCACGUUAUACCUGCCCCAGCCCAGCCCGGGGAGAGCACUGAAGCUGACCCUCCCUCUGCCGCCGACCAGGAGCCCCCCCGGGCGCCGUCCUUCAGCCCCUUCUCACCCACCCUGCAGAACAACCCAGUGCCUCGUAGCCGCCGCGAGGUCCCCCCCCAGCUGCAGCCACUGGUGCCUGAGGCUACCCAGCCUUCGCCCUCUGCCGGCUCCAAGGGGCUCCCCCAGGGCCCAGGACGGACUGCAGCCGGGGCCUCCCGCCUGGCGGAGCUGCUGUCUGGCAAGCGGCUGAGCAUUCUGGAGGAGGAGGCCGCCGAGGGCAGCCCGGCACCGCAGCGGUGCUGCUCCUGCCCCGGGCCCGGCCCCUCGAGCCCUGCCCGCUGUGAGGCCUGCGGUGCUGCACCGAGCAGCGAUGUCAUCGACCUGGCUGGGGACACGGUGCGCUUCAAGCCAGCCAGCCCCUCCAGCCCUGACUUCACCACCUGGUCGUGCGCCAAGUGCACGCUUAAGAACCCCACAGCGGCCCCCAGAUGCACGGCAUGUGGCUGCUCCAAGCUGCAUGGCUUCCAAGAGCAUGGUGAGCCCCCCGCCCGCUGCCCAGACUGCAGCGCCGAUAAGUCUGGCCCCUGCUUGGCCCACAAGGCCAGCUGCCCCUUCCCCGGGGUGCCGCCCGAGCGCCCGAGCCAGUGGGCCUGCCCUGCCUGCACUCUGCUCAACGCACCCCGGGCCAAGCACUGUGCUGCCUGUCACACGCCCCAGCUCCUGGUGGCCCAGCGCCGGGGCGUUGCGCCCCUGAGGCGCAGGGAGAGCAUGCACGUGGAGAAGCGGCGGCAGACAGACGAGGGUGAGGCCAAGGCCCUCUGGGAAAACAUCGUGGCCUUCUGCCGGGAGAACAGCGUGAACUUCGUGGACGACAGCUUCCCCCCGGGGCCUGAAUCGGUGGGCUUCCCUGCGGGUGACAGCGUCCAGCAGCGCGUGCGGCAGUGGCUGAGGCCCCACGAGAUCAACUGCUCCGUGUCCAGGGACCCCGGCGCCCCGUGGUCCGUGUUCCGCACUCUCCGGCCCUCGGACAUCCUGCAGGGGCUGCUGGGGAACUGCUGGUUCCUGAGCGCGCUGGCCGUGCUGGCUGAGCGGCCCGACCUGGUGGAGCGGGUGAUGGUGACACGCAGCCUGUGUGCCGAGGGCGCCUACCAGGUGCGGCUCUGCAAGGACGGCACAUGGACGACGGUGCUGGUGGACGACACGCUGCCCUGUGACGAGGCCGGCUUCCUCCUCUUCUCCCAGGCCCAGCGGAAGCAGCUGUGGGUGGCCCUCAUCGAGAAGGCGCUGGCCAAGCUGCACGGCUCGUACUUCGCCCUCCAGGCAGGGCGCGCCAUCGAAGGCCUGGCCACGCUCACCGGUGCCCCCUGUGAGAGCCUGGCGCUGCAGGUCAGCUCCACUAACCCCCGCGAGGAGCCCGUUGACACUGACCUCAUCUGGGCCAAAAUGCUGAGUUCUAAGGAGGCUGGGUUCCUCAUGGGUGCCUCCUGUGGGGGGGGCAACAUGAAGGUGGACGAUGCUGCUUACGAGAGCCUGGGCCUGCGUCCCCGCCACGCCUACUCUAUCCUGGAUGUCCGAGACGUCCAGGGCUCCAGCCCUGUGGUCCGCAGGCUCCUGCGUCUCCGGAACCCGUGGGGCCGCUUCUCCUGGAAUGGCAGUUGGUCAGAUGAGUGGCCGCACUGGCCAGGGCACCUGCGCAGCGAGCUCAUGCCCCAUGGCAGCAGCGAGGGUGUCUUCUGGAUGGAGUACAGCGACUUCAUCAGGUACUUCGACUCGGUGGACAUCUGCAAGGUGCACUCGGACUGGCAGGAGGCGCGUGUGCAGGGCUGCUUUCCCAGCUCUGCCAGCGGGCCUGUGGGGGUCACUGCUCUCACGGUGCUGGAGCGCGCGUCCCUGGAGUUCGCCCUCUUCCAGGAGGGCAGCAGGCGCGCAGACUCGGUGGACAGCCACCUCCUGGACCUGUGUGUCCUGGUGUUCCGCGCGUCCUUCGGCAGCGGUGGCCGCCUGAGCCUGGGCCGCCUGCUAGCCCACAGCAAGCGCGCUGUCAAGAAGUUCGUCAACUGCGACGUGAUGCUAGAGCCCGGCGAGUACGCCGUGGUGUGCUGUGCCUUCAACCACUGGAGCCCCGCCGCGCCGGGCCCGCCGGCCAACACGCAGGCCUCCAGCCCCUCGGCGGGGGUCCCACGCUGCACCCCGCAGCCGCCCGGCCACGUGCUGGCGGUAUACAGCUCAAGGCUGGUCAUGGUGGAGCCCGUGGAGGCCCAGCCGACCACACUGGCCGACGCCAUCAUUCUGCUCACCGAGAGCCGGGGCGAGCGGCACGAGGGACGCGAGGGCAUGACCUGCUACUACCUGACUCAUGGCUGGGCGGGGCUCAUCGUGGUGGUGGAGAACCGGCACCCCAAGUCCUACCUGCACGUGCAGUGUGACUGUUCUGACAGCUUCAACGUGGUGUCCACGCGUGGCAGCCUGCGCACCCAGGACAGCGUGCCCCCGCUGCACAGGCAGGUCCUGGUGAUCCUGUCCCAGCUGGAGGGCAACGCGGGCUUCUCCAUCACCCACCGCCUGGCGCACCGCAAGGCUGCCCAGGCCUUCCUCAGUGACUGGACAGCCUCCAGGGGCACCCACAGCCCCCCUCUCACGCCCGAAGUCGCUGGCCUGCAUGGCCCCCGGCCUCUGUGACCCCUCCACCUUCCCAGCCCCCACGCGCACUUUAUGAGGGAGACCCCAGCAGAGGACGCUUGAAUCAGAAUCUCAGGACCCUGCCCAGGGAGCCACCAGCUGCAGUAGCUCCCCCUAGGCCUUCCUCCCUGCCCCUCCCUCCUGCCCAGGGCCUCCCCGCUGCCAAGCAGAAUACCUCGAACCCGCCUCUAGCGCCAGGGGCCUGUACACCAGCCCCUCUGACCGGCCACCUCAAGGUUGGGUUCAGAUGACCAGGGCCAGGGUGAGGCUUCUCUCUCCCUGGGGGCUGAGGCAGCCAAGAGCCCUGCUCCUAGAACCACAUCUGGGCAGGUCAAGGCCAGGACCCCAGAGUGAGAGCAGAGAUCUUUCCCUUGUAGGGGUCAGGCUGGGGCUCCAGGGUGAAGAGCAACAUGUCCUCUGUGAUGAUCAGAGGCUAGAACCCCACAGUGAGCAGGGUCCAUCCCCGUCUGUGGGGUUAGAGGCUGGGAUCCCAGGAUGAGAGCAGGGACCACCUCCUUGGGGGACACGAGAGCGGGAGCUUUCUGUUCCCGGCUUGCCCCCAGAGCACAUUUCCCUGCCCCCGGCCCCCACAAGGCAAGCAGGGGUCCCUAGAGCCCCAGCAGUAUGUCCCAGGAGGCAGGUGCCUGGCGACCGUGGGCUCAGGUCCGGGGAUGGGGGAGGUCCCAGCGGCCCCUCUGGCGACACUAUGCAAUUCCUGGAGCGCGUCCCAGGAUCAAAGAAGCCAUGCCCAGGGGCUGGAGGCCAGGGACUGUGGGUCAGGGUCCAGCCAGGCCCAGGCCCACCCUGCGGUUUGGUGAGGCGGUUUGUCCUCAGCACUACCUGACCUCUGCCAGGACAAGCAGGGUCCGGCAGCAAUUCUGGGCCUCCCUGUCUAGGCAGAGGUAGGGCCCAGCAGCCCGUCUCAGCUCUUCCCCCACCUCAGAAGCCCAGGGACCUGAGCGGUCACCUGGCUACCCGGCCAUCCUCUCUUGAGGCUGCUGUCAGACCAGAGUCCUGCGCCUGCCCUCAGAUAUCUGAGGCCAGCUUCCUGGGGGCCCGCCUGGCCUCAGUGCCCUGCAGCCCCCAGGCCAUGGGCAGCCCUAUGGGGCUUGGGGGGCCUUUUACACCUGGAGAAACAUCGGGAAGCACGCCACUCCCCUUUGGGCCUCCUUUAUAUUCCCUCCUUUUACUCUGAGCUGUGAAUAUUUUUAACCCUGUAUAUAUAGCCAGCUCUUCUGACACAGAGACUAUUUUAUCACUUGUCAGUCCCCAUCCCUGUAGGAUGGUUCUCCAUGGGUGUUUCCAGACUCAGGCUCCAAUGG